GUACUCAGCACUCCCACCUGACCAGAAACGUUGCUGUGGUAACUUAGUGUGUUUUUCAGAGAAGUUCUUGAAGGGACACUAUUCGGUGCUUACAAGCAGUAAAAAAAAUAACUUAAACGAUUUUUAAAAUACAUUAACUUCGACUAACAUAGUUCUGCAUUUUUAAACACAGCUACCUUGAAGUUAAAAAAAAAUUGGUACAUUCCAGAGGCCUCCAGGAGCGGGAAGGAUGUCAGGUAGCAGCUUCCCGCCGCUGCACCAUCUACCACACUGGAGGAGAGUCGGGCCCCUGCACGGGAAGACCGGAUUCACACGCCUUUCAAUGAGCCAGCAUUUAAAGCCGCUGCCCGUUAUAUCGUUAACCCACGCCGGGAUGAGAGCAGCGGCCCCCGUGGAGAACGACCACGGCGACCCCCGCGUGACGUCCCUGGAGAGGAACAUCCGGUUCCUGCAGGAGCAGCACAAGGAGACUCUGGAGAAGCUCCACGCAGAGAUAGAUCACCUCAGAAGGGAGAAUAAAGAGUUGCUCUACAGGCGGAUCAUGGAGCCUGUAAGAGGAAAAGGACUGGAAGCCAAGCAACAAGCUCAAAAGAGUCCUGCGAGGGGAAGUGAAGCUCACACAGGGGUGUCCACGCAGGAGCAAUAUCUGGACACGCAUCCCUCGCAGGAAAAGGAAUUAAGCAGAGUUUUGGGAUCACCGCGGCCGGACGGCAGCGUUCACGGGAAGGGCCUCCUCAUCGCUUCCUUACUGCCUCUGCGAAUCCGCCGCAGUUCCUCUCAUCCCGCACACGCUCCCACGCUCCAGGAGUGUGAGGUCAUCAUCCGGCAGCUUCACAGCGCCAACGCUCUCCAGGCUCAGGAGAUCACACGGACCAAGGCGCUGCUGAGAGAGGUCGUCCUCCGCAAGAAAAUGACCCCAGAAAACUACAACCUGACCAAGGCCUACCUCCUAGAUGAAACUGAAAACGCUUUUGAGGAAAUGAAAUUACCAAAACUUGGUCUUCAGUCGUUUCAAGAGAAAAUGUCUGGACCUUUCCCAACCCUCAAACGGAACCUCAUGACCCUCAGACAGAGGAAGGCUCCACACGGAGAUCGCCUGAAAAGAACGCUGCACUGAUGAAGCCCAAACCAGCAGCUUUAACACUAAAUAAAGAUCUAUUUAACACAGAAA